CGCGUGGUCACGGAUUCUGUACAUAUACUCCAAUAUUUCGAAACCUCUUCCCUUUCUUCGUUGUUCCCAUUCUUCAUCCACCAGCCACAUCCCAUCCAACCACAACAUACAAAAAACCUGCUAUCACUCUACCACCAUCGCUCAUCUCUGCGUAUUUUGAUCACCCCCGCUGACCGUCUGGCUGAACUCCCUCCAAGGAACAGUUCCCACUGACUCCCAUCCCCGCGGCAUUAUGGACCCAGAAGAUGUCCUUGAUUUCGGCGAAGACGAUGAUGGCUUGGACGUCAUAUCUCUGGGGGCUUCCGAUCAUGAUGGCCGGCCAGUGUCAAACCGGUCGAGCUCCACCACCGUAGAGUCUACUACACGCAGCGUCCGUCAGCCCCGACCGUCUUCCCCAACUUCUAAUCGCCAUCUCAGGACUACCUCUCACACUCAACCCAACGGCUCUGAUAGGCGACGCCAUGGGUCUGUUCAUCGGGCAGCCAAUCCUCCUCAAGCACCUCUCCGCGAUCGUAAUCACCAGUCAGCCUUGCACCCCGCUGAUCGCUCAGCCCCUCAUCCAGACCGCCGCUUACUCGUCCAGGAAGCAUCCCGACACGCCGAACAGUCCUCUGUUACCGCACCGCCUCGUGAAAGGCCGCCAAGCGAUCGCCCGAGACCCGGCGAAAGGGCUUCAUACAUGCCACCCGAGCGUCUCCAUGCUGUAUCCGCUUCUUCGCGUACUAGCGAUCCCACGACUUCCAAAACCGAUUCAAGGCGUCCUGUGGCAAGUCUAUCAACACGAAUAACGACCGACCAUCGCGAUGCUGAUCAAAAACCACCAAAUCCUUUGAGUUCAUCAAAGCCAGACGCUGAGCGUGAGAAGUUUGAGGAAGCUAAAGAUGUUGAAAAACCAGUUGAACCAUCUAUUACUUCCACUGAGCUCCCUGAGGGUUGGAUUUCUAGGAUUUCUAAGGGCAGCAAGAAGACUUACUACGUCAAUGCGCUCACUCGGACAAGCCAAUGGAAUCGACCCACCGAGCCAGCCAGCGGCAAACCAACCAAACCAGCUCCCAAGGUGGCUUCCAAGGCUGAAGUUAACCAACCUGUCCAAGAAGCAACAGAAAGCCGUACUCAUCCAAGCCGAAGUAAUCUCUCAAAAAUCGAUUCCAUGGACUCAUCCGUAGAUUCUCCUCUGCUCACCAGAUGUCAACAGGAAAGAGGGCCCAACAUCCAAGCUUCACAGUCUUUGGAUAAUCAAGCAUUGAAUUUGAGGCCCUCUAGCACCACAGUCUCACAUGACCGCCACCAGCUUGCAACACCUCAAGAACCAUCACGAUAUUACGAUACUGACAAGUCGACGAUGGAUGAUCAUCAUCGCCAAUCAAAUCUCAUCGGCUCUGGAACCGCUCACGCCUCAGAUAGCGACAUUGACGGCCGAUCCAUACACCAAGAAAAGCUGCAACCUGACCCUAGUGAAUCCUGCGUCGAUCACCGGAUCCAUCCUGACCGCCGACAAGAGAUCGCCUCGGCAAUUCAUCCUGACCGCCGUCAAGAGAUUGCUUCUGCAAUCCAUCCUGACCGCCGACAAGAUAUUGCCUCUACAGUCCAUCCUGACCGCCGACAGGAGAUUGCCUCUGCAAUGCAUCCUGACCGCCGAGCUGAGAUUGCCUCUCCGAAGCCGCAUCGAGGACGGAUCAGUGCUCCCGAAGGCUCUAAAGCCACUAUCAUCGGCUCUUUCCAUCGCGACCUCCCUCCUCAUUCGGACAGCAACAACAGGAAUAGUUCUCGUCACGCGGUGACAACACGAUAUCCUCAUGACUCUGGCUCACAUCGCUCGGCUGAGAUUCCCAGGCCUCGAUCAAUCUCCCCAGUUCCUCGCCGCGUUGCUUCUCGUCGUAGUGGACGCCGUGACCACAGAGAACACAUCCAACUGUCUGGUGCAAACGGAAUACCCACAGCCCCAGGUCGCUGUUUUCCCGAUCCGAUCGCGCCCUUGCAGACUCAUGAAAUGUACAUUGAUCCUGAAGUAUCAAGAUUCGGCCAUCCAUUGGCAAUUCCACCCAAGAUGACUGAGCCACCCGACUACCGGGAUGUUUCCUAUCGACGAGGGCCUGAACAACCAUAUGACCGUGAUACAUCCUCUCAGGAUCGUAGGGCCUCUAGUUGGACACGCCACGAAGCUGCCCCAAUCUCUCCAAUCCAUCCUUUACCCCGUCAUUCCCUGGCGUUGCGGCCCAGAUCACCAUCGCCACCACCUCGCCGUAUGCCACCUCUGAUGCAUGUCCCACGCGCCCCGUUGCAACCUGAUUUGUAUCCACCCGAACGAACUCGCUCACCCCCCACUUCACACCGAUUAUUGCUAGAAGAGCGCUCAAUCCGGGUACCUGAGCCUAGUGAAUCAUUCCGCCGUAAUCCAGCUCCUCGAUACGAUGCAUACAGGCCUUCGCCUUCCUUCCCUUCGGAAACAAAAGGACCCCGUCCUCUGGACCCUAGGCGUGGCGACGCUUAUUAUCCACGUGACCAAGACCCGCAUCGUUCAGAGCCUAGUCUUUUGGAUAUUCGAAGAUCUCAAGUGGCCCAACACUUGCCGCUUUUACCAGAACCGCCCAGGAUUCGAAGUGGCAUGAGUCAACCUGACUUGUAUCGGCCCCCUCCUCGCCCUGUACAUCCUCCAAGGCUUUCUCCUCGCCGCCCCGAACCCAAUAAUUAUUAUCCGAUCAUUGAUUUGGAUGAGAUCUCUAACAAAAACGACCCUCCUCCUGGGCCCUCGGCUGUCCGAAUUUCCCAAGUGCCGCCUCCUGCGACUUAUCCAGUUAAAGAAACACCUCAGCCUCCUCUGAAGCAACCAUCUGAUCGAUCUCAAGAUCUCAAUAAAAUUAAACUCGUCUCGGAUAUUCAGCGCAAGCCUCAAGCAAACAGCACUAGGGAGCUUCCCAUAGACGAUUCGAAGCAACCCCUCACGGAUGACGCAGCUCACCAACUCCUGACGGAUGAUGCAGUUCACACGCCUCCGGAUUACCCAAUUCAAACCCCUCCGAGAAACGCAAGAAAGCUUUUGGUCGACGAUGCAAGUAAAAUUCACAUCAGUGACCCAAGUAAGACUGUGAUGGAUACUGCCAAUGUGCCAGCGAUGGCAACAUUGGGAAUACCAAAGCAUAACGACAGAAGCAGAAACGGAAGACGUGGACGAAGCAUUGAACCUGAUGAUUUGAGUGAAAAGGAUGCCAAUGCUUCUUCGGACAUUAUUGAAAUACCCCCACCUCCACUCACGCCUGUCGAUUCUCAGACCUCAGGGCAACCUGUGUCUCUGGCUAAACGGCUUGGACCUGUGGCCGACUGCUCAGGACAGUCUGAUAAAUUCUCACCCCCGGCCAAAAGAUCCAGGAGAAACCCGGUCGAUCUAACAGAAGCCUGUGAUGUGUCAAAUGAUUUUGCUGACAACUCAAAAGCUUUGCCUCCCUCAACGGAAGAGAAAAGCUCAUCCAAACAAAAUCUUCCAUCCAGCUCUCACAAUUCUUCGGAAAAAAUUGCAGUCCAAAGUCCCGUUGCCGAACGACCGGCCAAGGUUGACCAAAAGCCUGAGACUGACCACUCUGUCCAUAUCAACCAAGACAGGGGAAUCAGUCUUCGAGGGAGGGCAGGACGCAAGUCUGAGCAUACUGGGGUCCCGGAACAGCACAGGUCACAGGUUGAAAAAAAGGGACCAAGUGACCCGAUUCCUGCUGGUACUGGCUCGCUUCGAGAUCGAAUCCAAGAUCUUGCUUUCAGUCCGGUGCCACCAGUCCAAUCGCGGGUCCCCUCCCAACAACCCUCUCCAGGUCCUGGUCCGCAGAGAUCGCAAGCCACACAUCAUCAUGAGGUCCAUCAUGGUGGGGCUAGGCCCAACCAAGACCCGCCCGUCGUCCGACACAUCUCCGAAAGGAUCUCGGGCUUCCGCGUACCUUUAGGCCAUUCCAGUCCAUCUCAUGGAAGCCAUCGCGCCCGAUACGCACCCCGCCAGAGUGACUCAGGCUGGAGUGGUAGAAAGGCACGAUACUCUUGAUAUCUUGCUCUCGUUCUAAGGUCUUUUCAAACCAAAAUUUUGUGUCUUUACUUGUUGUGAACUUUUGUUGAGUUUGUACGUUGAUGAAACAUGAAAACAAGCUCAAAAGAGAGAGGAAAGUUUAACCAAACAAAGUUAUCUCAUUCCCCCCAAGAAGAAAAAUUAUCAAUCCCCUAUCUGUUCAUUAGGGCUCAAGCAAGAAAUUAAUCAUAGGUGCUACCUUUUGCAGCUCUCUCCUUGAUCAUCUCCUUCUGGAGAUAACAAUCCAUUCCCUUAUUUUGUUUGUUUUGUAGGAAACCCAUCCUGAGUUGUUGACAACUAACAAAAAG